GCCGCCUCCUCCGCCGCCGCCGCCGCCGCAGCAGCAGCAGCAGCCCGUACAGCAGUAGCAGCAGCCACAGCGGCAUCUUUAUGGCGCUCCACACCAAUCGAUUCUUUGACUACCUAAAUGUUGUUAAGUCUAAGCGAGCUGUCAUGAGAUAUGGCAUCCUGGUCAGGAGCUCUGCUUCUGACUAACAACGUUUGCCUUAUUUUCAUUUUUAUUUUUUUUCCUCUAGCACUGCUCCCUUAGGGCCCCCCCCCUUUUUUUGUACCCCUUUUCCUUUACGAGUAGUAGUAAGUAGUAAGAAUAAUUAAAAAAAAUAAUAAUAAUAAUAACCAUAUAAAAUCUGCAAAAAACAAAACCAAAAACAAGCCCAAAUAAACCCCCGUAUAUAUAUAUAUAAUCAAAAAGGGGAAAAGGAAAAAUUAUAUCCCUUGUAAGCUGCUAACCCCUAAAACAACAAGAAAACCCUACGAUCUCAUCAUUGGUAUUGAUUGGAAAAAAAAAAAGAAGCAAAAUUAACCAAACAACAACAAAAAUAAAAGCUGAUUUCAUUCCAAGAUGUCUCAUAGUCAGAAGGAGGAGCAGUACGUCGGACCAUACCGGUUGGAGAAGACACUAGGCAAAGGUCAAACAGGACUGGUAAAACUGGGAGUACAUUGCAUAACUGGCAAAAAAGUUGCCAUAAAAAUUGUAAAUAGGGAAAAAUUAAGUGAAUCUGUAUUAAUGAAGGUUGAAAGAGAAAUUGCAAUUAUGAAGUUGAUAGAACAUCCUCAUGUUUUGGGAUUGUAUGAUGUAUAUGAAAAUAAAAAAUAUUUAUACUUGGUAUUGGAACAUGUCUCAGGGGGAGAGCUUUUUGAUUACCUUGUGAAGAAGGGGCGUUUGACGCCUAAAGAAGCUCGGCGUUUCUUUAGACAGAUAAUAUCAGCAUUAGAUUUUUGUCAUAGUCACAAUAUAUGUCACAGAGAUUUAAAACCAGAAAAUUUGCUUUUAGAUGAAAAGAAUAAUAUUAGAGUCGCAGAUUUCGGAAUGGCAUCGUUACAAGUUGAAGGGUCAAUGCUGGAAACAAGCUGUGGGUCUCCUCACUAUGCUUGUCCAGAGGUCAUUCGGGGAGAAAAGUAUGAUGGCAGGAAAGCUGAUGUCUGGAGCUGUGGUGUGAUAUUAUAUGCACUUCUUGUGGGUGCCCUUCCAUUUGAUGAUGACAAUUUAAGAAAUUUAUUGGAAAAGGUUAAGAAAGGUGUCUUUCACAUUCCCCAUUUUGUGCCUCCUGAUUGUCAGAAUCUAUUACGAGGCAUGAUCGAAGUGGAUCCUGAAAAACGUUUAACGUUAGAAGAAAUUCAUCGGCAUCCAUGGGUAACAGCGUGGAAUAUAGUCGGCAGUAAGUAUCACAGAAGAAACCUCGCAAGACUGCAGAUAAAUCGUAGAUCACAAUUACUGUCUGCGAUUGGGGUGACAAGAGAUGUUCAAGGUCAAAUAGAAUUAGAGUUGCCAGUAGCCCAAGUAGUCCAGACUUCCAUUAUUCCCUCCGUAGAAGAUCUAGACCCAGAUGUUUUGUCAACUAUGAACUCUUUACAGUGCUUUAAAGAUAAAGAAAAACUUGUACAGGAAUUAUUAAGCUCAAAACACAAUACGGAGAAAGUUGUAUAUUUUUUGCUGUUAGAUAGAAAACUAAGAAAUCCUAGCAUAGAAGAUGACAUUGAAAUUAGAAGUCGGAACGAUGCAGAUCCUCCAAGAAAAAGAGUCGAUGCAGUUCAACUGAAUGGCUCUCAAAGCCGACUUUCAUUAGGCAGCAUCAGUGAAGGAUCCCCUGUUGCUUCUCGGAGGGCACUUGCCAUUCAGCAAGUGAGAAAAGCCAGUAUAACAGGAAGUCCUGGUUCAUCACCCCUAUCAAGUCCAAAGUUGUCUCAACGUGCUACACCAACUAAUAGCCCUACUAAUACUCCUCCAACAUCCCCAAGAAUCACCCCAGCACCAUGGAAAACUCGUCUUCAUACUAUUAAAAACAGUUUUCUGGGAUCUCCUCGCUUUCACAGACGCAAACUUCAAGGUAUUCCCUACCACAAUGGCCUUCUUUUUGAAAUGGAUCAGAUCUCAGUUCCCACGAGCGACGAUCUUGGUUGUACUCCUGAAUCCUCUCCUGAAAUGACAAAACGGUCAUGGUUUGGUGCUCUAAUGGGAACAGAGCGAGAAGAACAUCACUUUGUUAUUGUACGUGACAAACCCUUGAGUCAAGUGAAAGCAGAUUUAGUUCAUGCUUUCCUUUCAACUCCAGAUAUGAGUCAUAGUGUUGUCUCAACUACAACGUUCCGAGCAGAAUACAGGAGAUCCAGCAGUGCUUCCAUGUUUUCCCGUAAUGUUCGAUUUCAAGUGGAUAUCUCUCCCUCACCAGGUUAUGAGAAUAACGGAGAAUCCUACUGCUUGACAUUUACCCUGAUUUCAGGGCCAACUCGACGCUUUAAGAGAAUCUGUGAAUACAUUCAAGCUCUAUUACUGACUCCACGUGGAGAGAGAGAAAUAACUCGAAGAAUAAGCACUGACAGUUCUUCAUCAUAUUCAUCGGAAAUGUCACCUACCCAUAAUGCCAGUCCCCGAGAUACUACGGAAGAUGAGGUAACGAUAAUGAAAGUAGCUCGAAGCACUAUCAUGACUACUCCAUCAACUUUACGACCUGGAGAGAUGAUGAAAGAAGCUAGAAGUUCGAUCAUGAGUGGCUCAUCGACUUUAAAGCCAGGAGAGGUAAGACAACCAUGCAUCGACUGCAGUGCACUGAGCUAAUUUAAAUCAGUGUAUUGCUGCCUUUGCUGUAGUCACCUCAGAUGUUGUCUUGGAGGCUAUUUUUGUUUAUAAUUGACUUUAUCUUUCACUUUACUCCCAAAUUUUUUUAAUUCCACGCAUGAAUUUUGGACAUAGAGUGGAAGUUCAAUUAUAAACAACUGUUUUUCUCCCAAGACCCCUAAUAGAAUGUAGAAUUUAUUAGAACCACUUUCCCUUGAAACAGGUACUUCUGUUAUUCCUUGAAUGAUGAUGAAAAAAAAAAAAAGAAAUCAAUAAGAUGGUGGUAUAAAGGCGUGUGUAGUUGGUACAAAAUAUCUUUGCCUUUAUUUGGAAGCUGCUGAGUAAAACCAAUUGAAAAUAUUUAGUGAUGUUUAAUUGAUAUUUAUUAACAUCACUUGAAUAAUGUUUGGAAGAGUACUACACAUAUCGUUGUUUGGAAUGGGAAAUGAAACAA